GGUGGCCCGGUGGGAAGAGGAGGUCCUGCACCAUGGCUGUGCCCUUCGUGGAAGACUGGGACCUGGUGCAGACGCUGGGAGAAGGCGCCUACGGAGAAGUUCAACUUGCUGUGAAUAGAAGAACAGAAGAGGCAGUUGCAGUGAAGAUCGUAGACAUGAAGCGCGCUGCAGACUGUCCGGACAACAUUAAGAAAGAGAUCUGUAUCAAUAAAAUGUUAAAUCAUGAAAACGUAGUGAAAUUCUAUGGUCACAGGAGAGAAGGCAGCAUCCAGUAUCUUUUCUUGGAGUACUGUAGCGGGGGAGAGCUUUUUGAUAGAAUAGAACCAGAUAUAGGCAUGCCUGAACAAGAAGCUCAGAGAUUCUUCCAUCAGCUCAUGGCAGGGGUGGUUUAUCUACAUGGCAUUGGGAUAACACACAGAGAUAUUAAGCCAGAAAAUCUCCUCUUGGAUGAGAGGGAUAACCUCAAAAUCUCCGACUUCGGCUUGGCGACGGUGUUCCGGCACAACAACCGGGAGCGCUUACUGAACAAGAUGUGUGGGACUUUACCUUACGUUGCCCCCGAACUUCUCAAGAGAAAGGAGUUUCACGCAGAGCCAGUUGACGUUUGGUCCUGUGGGAUCGUGCUCACCGCAAUGUUGGCUGGAGAACUGCCAUGGGACCAGCCCAGUGACAGUUGUCAGGAAUAUUCUGACUGGAAAGAAAAAAAAACGUACCUUAACCCUUGGAAAAAAAUCGAUUCUGCUCCUCUAGCUCUGCUGCAUAAGAUCCUAGUUGAGAAUCCAUCGGUAAGGAUCACCAUCCCAGACAUCAAAAAAGAUCGAUGGUACAACAAGCCACUCAAGAAAGGGGCCAAGAGGCCUCGGGUCACUUCAGGUGGUGUUCCAGACUCUCCUAGUGGGUUCUCGAAGCAUAUUCGGUCCAAUUUGGACUUCUCCCCAGUGAACAGUGCUUCCAGUGAAGAAAAUGUGAAGUUUUCCAGUUCCCAGCCAGAACCACGCACAGGCCUUUCCUUGUGGGACAGCAGCCCCUCCGACCUCAGCAAACGGGUCCAGGGCAUCAGCUUCUCCCAGCCCACGUGCCCUGACCACAUGCUUCUCAAUAGCCAACUGCUUGGCACCCCGGGAUCUUCACAGAACCCCUGGCAGCGCUUAGUGAAAAGAAUGACUCGAUUCUUUACCAAGUUGGAUGCCAAUAAGUCGUAUCAAUGCCUCAAAGAGACUUGUGAGAAAUUGGGUUAUCAGUGGAAGAAAAGUUGUAUGAAUCAGGUUACUGUAUCAACAACCGAUAGGAGAAACAAUAAACUGAUUUUCAAAGUGAAUUUGGUAGAAAUGGAUGAGAAGAUCUUGGUUGAUUUUCGACUUUCUAAGGGGGAUGGAUUGGAAUUCAAGAGACACUUCCUGAAGAUCAAAGGGAAGCUGAGUGAUGUUGUCAGCAGCCAGAAGGUUUGGUUUCCUGUCACAUGA